ACAGUGAAGCUGACAAACAGUUUUUUGAGUUUUUUGCAAAUAAUCGUCGGUGUUUUGUUUAGCUGCAGCAAAUUUCAACAAAAGUUUGGAAAUAUUUAAUUCAUUUAUAUUUUAAAUAGGAAAUUAUGUCACGUUACGAUCGCGCCGUUACCAUAUUCUCUCCUGAUGGCCAUUUGUUGCAAGUGGAAUAUGCACAAGAAGCUGUGCGAAAAGGAUCAACAGCGGUUGGUGUACGUGGAGCCAACUGUGUAGUUUUGGGUGUAGAAAAGAAAUCGGUGGCAAAAUUACAAGAAGAACGCACAGUGCGAAAGAUCUGCUUGCUGGACAAUCAUGUUGUUAUGGCAUUUGCUGGUCUCACCGCUGACGCUCGAAUUUUAAUUAAUAGAGCUCAGGUAGAAUGUCAAAGUCACAAGUUAAAUGUUGAAGAUCCCGUAACAUUGGAAUACAUUACCAGAUACAUUGCUCAAUUGAAACAGAAGUACACACAAAGCAAUGGCCGUCGUCCAUUUGGUAUUUCCUGCCUUAUAGGUGGUUUCGAUUUUGAUGGCACUCCUCAUCUAUAUCAAACUGAACCCUCAGGUAUUUACUACGAAUGGAAGGCUAACGCUACUGGACGUUCUGCCAAAACAGUACGUGAAUUCCUCGAGAAACACUACAAAGACGAAGAAGUCGAAUCUGAAAAUGGUGCCGUCAAAUUGGCAAUUAAAGCAUUGUUGGAAGUGGCACAAUCGGGGCAAAAGAAUUUAGAAAUUGCCGUCAUGGAGAAGGACAAACCUUUGAAAAUGUUAGAUGUGCAAACUAUAGAAAAGUAUGUAGCAGUGAUUGAGAAAGAAAAGGAGGAAGAGGCUGAGAAGAAAAAGCAAAAGAAAUAAACUUUGAUAGUUUAAGAUGCUGCCACUACAGUCCUUUUUGUUUCGUCAUCGUAAAAUUCAACAAUAAGAACACGAUCCUGUGUAACACAUGGUUUAUUUUCUAAUCUAUUAAUUUAAAUGGUUUAAUUUUUAGCUUUUCUAAAUGUGGAAAUAAAACAAACAACAAAAAAUUUUAAA